AUGGCUGCCUGCUCCCUGUGGGGCUCCCCGGGUGCUGCCAACGCAGAGGAGGGCGGCUGUUCCUUCUUGCGUCUGAGGGUAACUGUGUUACUGACAUCAUGCCUCAUGGUAUUGGGAGCUGGCCUGAGAUGUGUUCCAGUUUCAGACCUAGAAAUUAGGAAGAAGCUGAUUCACGGGGGGCAGCUGUUAAAUGGCUUGGCGGGGCCAACUGUGAUGAAUGCGGCACCAUUUCUUUCCACGACGUGGUUUUCUCCAGAUGAACGUGCCACAGCAACAGCCAUCGCGUCCCUGCUCAGUUACCUGGGUGCUGCUGGCGCGUUUCUAGUGGGACCUCUCGUAGUGCCAUCUCCUAAUGGAACAUCUCACCUCCCGCUGCUGUCGCAGAGCAACGCUGAGCACAUAAAGGACCGCAUUGAGGCUGUGCUGUAUGCAGAAUUUGGAAUGGUUUCCCUGAUAUUUUCCGCAGCAUUGGCCUACUUCCCCUCGCGCCCUCCAUUCCCUCCCAGUGUGGCUGCAGCGAGUCAACGGCUCAGCUACAGGAGAAGUUUUUGCAGGCUCUUAAGCAAUUUCCGAUUCUUGAUGAUUGCUUUAGCCUAUGCUAUACCACUGGGUGUUUUCUCUGGCUGGUCUGGUGUUCUGGAUUUGAUAUUAACGCCGGUUCACGUGAGCCAAGUAGAUGCAGGCUGGAUUGGAUUUUGGUCUAUAGUUGGAGGUUGUGUUGUCGGCAUAGCAAUGGCAAGAUUUGCAGAUUUUAUCAGGGGCAUGCUGAAGUUUAUACUGCUGCUGCUUUUAUCCGGAGCAACGUUAGCAUCAACCUGGUUCACUCUCACCUGUCUAACCAGUGUCACUCAUCUGCCUUUAACCACAGCUACACUGUACACAUCCUGCAUUUUGUUGGGUAUAUUCCUCAACAGCAGCGUGCCAAUAUUCUUUGAGCUCUUUGUGGAGACAGUCUACCCUGUUCCAGAAGGAAUUACCUGCGGAGUUGUCACCUUUUUGAGUAAUGUGUUUAUGGGAGUGCUUUUGUUUUUCCUCACAUUUUACCAUACAGAGUUUUCCUGGUUCAACUGGUGCCUGCCAGGAUCGUGUCUGCUCAGCCUGCUCCUCAUCCUCUGCUUCCGCGAGUCCUAUGACAGACUCUAUCUUGACGUCGUCGUCUCUGUGUGAUAACGCCGGACUGGUGAGAGGUUGGAAGAGACUGGAAGUCAGCUUUGCAGUCUGCACACCUGCCUGGAUUUGCACGGCUGAACAGCGGAAAAACAAAGACAUUACAAGACUUAAUUGCGGCUUUAUUAGGGAGGGUGAGGGACAGGCUGUUCUUACAUUCAAGACCACCUUUGAUUUGCGAUAAACGUGGAACUUGAGUGGUGAUAAUGAUGCCGAAAUGCACAAAGAGAAUAUAUAUGAUGUACAGGUCCCGGUGCCAGAGCUGGGGCUCUCUAUUUAAAAGGCUGUUGAUGUAGCAGU